GACCCCAUUGAGACAGAUACGCCUGGAAAAAAUCUUAGCUGCACCACACAUAACGUUCACACAUGAAGGCGUUAACAUGGCAGAUACCAUGGGAGAAGGGGAGCCCCAUGUGUGUGAAGAAAGGUGCAGAAAGAUGUGAGAGUAAGACUGGAUUUAAAAAAUGAACCGCUGGAGGACGCGGAGGAAACACUGUUCACAGAUGGAUGCUGCUUUAGACACCCAACAGAGGGCUUAAAGGCAGCGUGGGCAGUAGUGAAAAUGACACAAGAGGGUUUUGAGACAGUCAGAGCAGAAGCAGUGCAGGGAAAGGAGUCAGCUCAGCGAGCGGAACUGCAAGCCAUGAUAGCAGCACUAGAAUGGGCAGAAGGAAAGGCUGUAAACAUCUACACUGACUCAGCAUAUAUAUGGGGAGCAAUCCAGGUAGAGUUGAGCCAGUGGAUCAGAGCAGGUUUCCUCACAGCAGCUAAGACUCCUAUAAAACAUGAAACAGACAUGAAAAGACUGACGGAAGCACUGAUGAAACCCAGACGACUAGCAGUCAUUAAGUGUAAGGGACAUGACAAGACUGACACACUGACUGCUAAGGGAAAUGACGCAGCCGACCAGGCAGCGAAACAAGAAGCAGGAUACAUUCCACAGUAUGUCAUGAUCCAGACAGACAAAACAGUGUAUGAGAUAUUGCCCCCAUGCAACGAAGACACACUGAAAACAGAGCAGAAUAAAGCCUCAGCUUAUGACCAAAGUGUGUGGGCAAACAGGGGAGCAGUGAAAGUUGAAGGGCUGUGGAGGGGGCCAGAGGGCAGACCUGUCCUUCCUCCCAGCUUGAGGACAACAGUGUUACAAGAAGCACAUGGACCAACACAUUGUGGUAGUGCACAGAUGAAACAUCAUCUCACACAUUGGUGGCAUCCAUUUUUGCCUGGUAUGAUUGACAACCACAUAAGAGAGUGUGAGACAUGCACCACCUACAAUGUAAAGUCCACUAUCAAGCCACAUCAGGGUAAAUUUCCCCUACCUGCCUUGCCAGGAGAGGAAAUAAUUAUUGACUACACAGACAUGAUUGAUCGGGUGAAAGGGUACAGAUACCUCUUGGUGGCGGUGGAUGCAUACACCGGCUGGCCUGAGGCUGUACCCGCUAAAAAAGAGGAUGCACAAACAGUAGUGAAGUUUUUGAUUAACCACUACAUUCCCACACAUGGUUUCCCUAAAAUGAUUCGAUCUGAUAAUGGCACACAUUUUAAAAAUAAACAUCUACAAGCAGUAGAAGCCCAGCUGGGUCUAAAACAUGCCUUUGGAACUGUGUAUCACCCACAGUCUCAGGGAAAGGUAGAAAGAAUGAAUCAGACCCUAAAAGGUAAAAUCAGCAAAGUGUGUGCACAAAACAAACUUAGCUGGGUGGAUGCUCUCCCACUGGCUUUGAUGUCAGUGAGGAGCUCAGUUAGUUUGCGGACAGGAUUCACACCAUAUGAACUUAUAUGUGGACAGCAGUUUCCUGGACCAGGAGCUGGUGUUGUUAUAGCACAGGAAACUCCUUUCUUGGCCUAUAAGCCAUAUUAUGAUCAGCUCACAGCCCUUGUUUCAGCAUUUUCCGCCCAGAUCGCAGAGAUCAGAGGGGGUGAGGAGAAGCCACUUCCCCCUACCGACGCUUGGUGGGUGCUCCUGAAGGUCAUCAAACGGAAGUGGACGGAACCUAGAUGGACAGGGCCCUUUCAGGUGACGGAGAGGACAACUCACGCAGUUCGACUUAAGGGGAAAGGAAACACCUGGUUUCAUUGGUCAUUGUGUGCUGCAGCAGACCCUCCUGCGAGAACCCGAGCAGACAUUCGCAGGGAUCUGAAAGAACAAGCAUAAACUGUUCCUGGGUGGUAGAAAAAGGAGACAUUUUAUUAUUUAGCUUCGCUAAACAUUAAGAGUGUAGAGUCAUUAGGUGUGAAGGCAUAAAACAACUUACGUUGAGAGAAGUUCUGCUCAGCUACAUGGAAGGUAACGGACUCCACUAGAUGGCGCUAUUUUGGCUUAAUAUUCAUUAAUUCUCACUAUAUUGAUUGUUAUGUUGUGUUGUUGUUGUUGUAUUCCCUCCCCUGAAAUAUCUUGCAGUGACGACAAGUCCGUGGAACCUCACCAAGUGACCACGAGAGAUUCCAGAAAAGACACCUUAAAAAAGGUCUUUGCAGGGGUGGGACACCAAGAAGCUUGGUGGUUGGGUAAGUGGAAAGGUGUGCUCGUCUCGGUGGGUGUUUCCCUGGCUGGUAUGUUGUGUGUGGUGGUGUUGGUUGGAUGCUGUUGUAUUCCCUGUAUUAGGUCUCUCUGUAACCACGCCAUCGUGGCCGCAUUUGAGAAGCAGGGACUCCACGCUCGCUACCAGAUGGUUGCGCUACCAGAACUUGGGCAUUGUCGCAGAGGUGCCUACACCCUGGCAGUGGCUCCGCAUGGGGAUUCCGUGUGAAGUCCUGGUUUGUUGGUCUCAGGGAGCUGAGACCAAGAGGGGGACUUGUGGAUAUGGGACUCCACACCUCACUCUUAUAUACUCACAAUUGUCACUAUUUACUCAAUCACAUUCAUUUACUUAAUCAUAUUAUAUCAUAUUAAUUUUACUCAUAUAGCCAAAUAUACUAAUCAUCACGAGUGUUUAGAUACAUAUAGCGUGUACUGAAACCAUGCAGCUUGGCACCACGGAGAACUGAGACCUGUACAGUAUUGAGGCCUCGGUCACCCUGAACAUCUGAGAGAGUGGAAAAGUACUGAGAACCAAAGAACGCCAUGACGGCAUGUCUGAUAGCGGAAAACCAUAACAACAAGAAGGACCUGAAGGUCGUAGUCACAACGACAUAUCAAAAGUAAGACGUAAUGUAGCCAAAAACAGGAACCAGGGCCUUGGGAGAA